AUGGUUCAACUCGCAUCUUUCGUUACCAUCGGCCUUGCUGGUCUGGCUAGCAUUGUCUCUGCUCACCCUGGACACGACGUCAAGGCUGAAGCUGCUGAGCGCGCCGCCUUCCUUAAAAGCGUCCCUGUUCAGUCCCGCAGUCUUUCUGGAUGUGCCUCUAAGCUGAAGGCCAGAGGUCUUGAGAACCGCAACGUUGCCCGCCGUCAACAUGCCGUCAAGAACCUUCGUGCCAGCCGUGGUCUUUCUCAGACUCCCCACUUCCUGAAGGCUCGCAGCCUCAACAGCACUCUGAGCACCUCUCACCACUCCAGCCUGACUGGCGUCGAUCCUUCAACUGAUCCGAAUGUGCUGUUCGGCUCCGAGGCUACUUGUAUCCUCGGUCCCGAUGUGACCCAGGGACCUUACUAUGUCACUGGUGAACUUGUCCGCGAGGACAUCACCGAGGACCAGGAGGGUGUCCCUCUCUUCAUGGACAUCCAGCUCAUUAACACCAACACCUGCGAGCCCAUUCCCGAGAUCUACACUGAUCUGUGGCACUGCAACUCUACUGGUGUCUACUCUGGAAUUGUUGCCAGUGGCAACGGUGACUCCUCCGAUGAGCUGAACAUCAACUCCACCUUCCUGCGCGGUAUCCAGGAGAGCGAUGCCAACGGUGUUGUUCACUUCCAGACCACCUUCCCUGGUCACUACACCAGCCGUGCCACUCACAUUCACGUUCUCGCCAACGGUACCAUCUCCGGUCUCUACACCUCUAGCUCUUCCUACGUUGGCCAAAUCUUCUUCGACCAGGACCUCAUCACCGCCGUUGAGAAGGUUUCCCCCUACUCCACCAACACCCAGGAACUCACCACCAACGCCGAAGAUUCCAUCCUCUCCGAGGAAGCUGACACCAUCGACCCCUUCAUGGAAUACGUCUACCUUGGUGAUGAUGUCUCCGACGGUAUCUUUGCUUGGAUCUCGCUCGGUAUCGACCCUACCCAGGACAGCAGCGUCACCCCCGCUGCUUACUACACCGAGCAGGGUGGUGUUGAGAACGAGAACUCUGGCGGCAUGGGCGGUGGUGGCAGCGGCGGUCCCGGCGGUGCUCCCCCCUCUUAA